GCUUUUUGGAAUUUUGUUUUAAUCUUUCCGAGAAGACAGACGGAGAGAGAGAGAAAGGCUUCUUGGUUUGGGUCCGUUGCCGUUCUCUUUCUCUUUCUCUCGUCAACUGCUGAAAUCCGUUUGAAUUGAAGGAAACGCGGGCAGCAACGAAGAACAGCAUGAACGAGAAGGCCAACGUCUCCAAGGAGCUCAAUGCUAAGCACAAGAAGAUAUUGGAGGGGCUUCUUAAAUUUUCAGAGAAUAAAGAAUGUGCUGACUGUAAAUCCAAAGGUCCCAGAUGGGCAAGUGUGAAUCUUGGAAUCUUUAUAUGCAUGCAAUGUUCUGGAAUCCACAGAAGUCUUGGGGUACACAUAUCAAAGGUUCGGUCUGCAACACUGGAUACAUGGCUUCCAGAGCAGGUUGCUUUCAUUCAAUCAAUGGGAAAUGAAAAGGCAAAUAGCUAUUGGGAAGCAGAGCUACCCCCAAAUUACGACAGAGUUGGGAUAGAGAACUUCAUUCGUGCAAAGUAUGAAGAGAAAAGAUGGAUUCCAAGGGAUGGGAAGCAAAAAUCUGUUGUGCAGGAAGAGAGGACUUCUGUGAAUAGGCAGAGACCUGGGGACAGAGGCAGUCAUGGAUACACCAAUGAUGUAGAUCAUUCAUACGAGGAGAGGAAGAACACUCCACCACCAGCUACUAGAAGCAAUAUCUCUGCUAUAAAGAACACUCCACCACCAGCUACUAGAAGCAAUCUUUCUGCUAUAAGGAAUAGUAUUCCUGCACCUCCUAAAGCAUCUGAUCAGGUGUCCCAUGAUCCAAGACUGGAACCUGUUGUGCAGAAAGAAGAACCAGUUGUCUCGCAGGCUGAAUCAACAACACAGGUUGCUAAUGCUACAGCAGUUGUCUCACCUCCAAAAGUUGAUUAUGCGACUGAUCUUUUUAACAUGCUCUCAAUGGAUAGUCCAAAUGAUAAUGGCACUGGCUCUUCUUCAGUUGAUGAUAAUGCAUGGGCUGGAUUCCAGUCUGCAGAAGCAUCAUCCACAACAGAGACAGUCAGUUCUACAAAGCAAGUUGAAAAUAAGGCCUCAUCCACCUCUGGAAUUGAGGAUUUAUUUAAAGAUACUCCAUCAGUUGCAUCCACUCCAGUUGAUGUAAAGAAUGACAUUAUGAGCCUCUUCGAAAAGUCCAAGAUGGUAUCACCAUUUUCUACCCAUCAACAACAACUUGCAAUGCUGGCACAGCAUCAGUCCCUUCUCAUGGCUGCCACAGCUAAAUCCAAUGUUGGGGCCCCAACAUUUCCUGGCAAUAAUCAGCAAUCUGGCUCUAAUGGCACUCAUACGCUUGGUGGCAGCUUGCCUACUCAAAACUGGUCAAAUGUUGUCUAUCAAGUACCUGGAAUGACACUCCCAGGAGUUGGACACAAUGAGUUCCAGAACUAUAUGCGGGUGGGAAACAUGAGACCUACAAAUACAGCUGUGAACUCGUCUCCCUUUCCGUCUUACAACAUGUAUAAUAUAGGGUCAGUUGGCCCAACCAAUGGAGUAGCUACCAGUAGUGCAGUCAAUAGGCCUUCCUCCACAUCUUCCGUCUCGUCUGUCAAUCCUACCCGAUCAGCGAAUGAUUACGAUUUCUCAUCGUUAAUGCAGGGAAUGUUACCAAAACCAUAGGCAGUCAGUGAGUGGUGAUGAAAAAGAUAUGUUUUGUCAUACAACACCAGGUUACAAAAUUAACAAGAAUAUAGCCCCCUUCGG